CAUUGCUGGAAGAAUAAGAUUUGAAAGUAACACCAUGACCGUCGCUCCUGCAAUUUUUCCAACGCAUUCUGGUGAUCGAGACGCAACGAAUCCCACUAUUGUACGACCGACCGAGGCUCAAUUGAGGUAUGCACAAUUUCAUCACAAACGGCGAGCCCAAGCCGUGAAGCACCGGAUCGAUCGGCUCCACCGAACGCCUCUCCAAGUGACUGUGGUCCUUGCACAAGAGCUGGAGGAAGACAACGAUAACUAUAGCAGCAGGAGUGACUUUAGUGGGACAGACACGAGUGACGUCGACUUGCGUGCCGUCCGACUUUUGCGUCCAAAAAUCACGUCUGGACGCCGAGCACUGCUAAAGAAAUCAAAGCGAAAAUAUCGUCGACGAAAGCGGGAUAUUGCAAAACACGGAUACAGAGGUUGCUUUUUAGACGACAACGAGGAUGAUCAGCUGGAGCGAGGAGAAGCAUCGGAGGGUGAUGAAUUCAUUGACAAAGAUUGGAACGACAUUGACAAGGAAGAAAACGAUGCUAUGCAAGAGAUAUUCAUGACACGGCCGAAACAUCAACGGCGCAGGGCCCGGCGGCAUCGAACACCAAGCGGUGGCAAUGCCCAGAGUUACAAACGAUUCCAAGCUGCGUGCCAUGCCAUGAUGAGGAACAUCCAAACCUCACAAACGAAGGCGGCCCUUCCAGCAAUAGAGGUUCCGUCCAAGCGCUGGACACGGUCGGAAGAACACGUUGCUGCCGCGGCCGCCCAAACGACCGACUUUUAUCGGUAUCGAACCGGAUUGAACGCUAGACGAAUCAAGUCGGGCCGAUCCGCUGCACUCUUGCUGAACUAUGCAUACUACCAACAAAACCAAAAGGACCAUGAUAUGGAUCGGGGUGCUACCUGGUUGACCCAUUUGCCGGCAAAACAAUCCAAGAGGGGCAGCAGCAGUUAUUAUUUUCACAAUCUCGAUGGACUUCCACCUCUGAUAUCCUCGGCAAACGAUGAAGGAGAGGAUGAACAAUAUUACGAUGGCGAUGGCAACGAAUCCUCUAUAACCUUAUCCAUGAGGCAACCGGGACCAGCAAAGUUUCAUCGCCUUAUGGCCUACGUGCAGCAACGACUCAUCGAAAAAGAAAAAAAAGAAAAGGAACAUGACGAAAACAACCACCAGCAAAAAAUUUUAAUGUUUGAAGGAAUUCAAAAUAAGAGCAGCAGUCCGGAAAAGAGUCGAACUAGAGAGAUUAUCGAAUCCCUGGAACCGAAAAGCGAAAACACUAACAGGAGCACUCGGAUUCGACAAAUGGCUGAGUCUAUAGAAGGAAAGUCGUCGAGGGGAACACCGACUAUCACACUGAGAAGUGGUACACCGUUUUCUGGAUUUUCCUCCCAAGGAUCGCAACGAAAUAGACGGGGCAAAUCGCGGUAUGUUCCGAGAGUGAGGCUUCGCGACUUUGUUGUCGAAGGAACUGACGAAGACGACAACGGCGAAAAACCAACACCUUUGCCCCCCAGGAAAUUGUCGGAACGAUUCCAACAAGAAGACGACGAUGGCAGCAGUGAUAAAAAUGAAUUGUUCUCACCUCCAAAAAUAAGACUCCGAGACUCUUUCAUUGGAAACGAAGAAAAGGACACGGAAACCAAUAACCGGACUCGAGAAAUUGCUCUUGCUUUUGAGGCUGAUCAAGAUAACGGUGUAGGGGGAAGCAAAGUCAAUCAACUUCGAGAAUCGUUGGAACCCAAAACUACGCCGAAAAUAAAGCUAAAGAAAGAUUUUUUCGGGAACGACACUGAUGAAAAAAAGAUAACCGAGCGAGAACCGUCUCAUAUUUCCCGAUCAAACGUUGAUCGGCUCUCCAGACAAUUUCAAGGACAGCAAGAGCGACUUGAAGGCUUGGAUAGUCCCUCGACUGAGGUGCUCAAUGAAUUUUCGUCGCACAUAGAUCCACGCAUCUUUGAACAAUUCCAGGAUGAAGGGUCUAGUAAGCGUCAGUCGGCAGAAACAAAUGUGACUGAAUUCUUCGCUCGAUUGCGCGGGGAACAGCAGCAGCAGCAGCAACAACAACAACAACAACGAGAGCAGCGUGCUGUUGAUCUACCCAUGGAGUCUGUCACCCAACCAGCCUCACCCGAUAGAGACUUUGAUGAAAUAUCGGAGAUUUCGCGUGCAUCAAAUCUUUCAGGAUUGUGGAGCAGAGGACGAAACAGUCUAAACACUAUUACCUCUAAUCUCAACACUAUUGCCGAGAACCAAACAAACAAAGGCAAGGCGCUGCUGUCGCCUGAACUCAUAGGGCGAGCAACCCAUGUUUCUGGAAAAGUGAGUGGAUUGUUGAACAAAUUCAGAGGUGUACCCGAAGAUAGUGAAGACGUUGACGAAAUAGACGAGCAACACGAACACUUCAACGUGUCUCAGGAUUCCAUUCAGUUACAAAAGCAAAAUAUUGAUUUGUCGACACCUCUAAAAUUAGUUCAUUCACCAUCUGCAGAUAGCCACGAGGCUCUUCGUGCUUAUCGAAUGAAUCGGGCAUCAAUGUCGCCCGAAGAAACCGACAAAAUGUCAGAUGCAUCAUCGUUUCACGCUUUACCGGACCAGAUUCGAAUGGUUGUUCAGAACUCAGGAGAAAAGCCUCCGAAAAAAUCUCUCCGUACUUCUACCACAGCACCGACCACAAGUCAAACCCAACCCCUACACAAUGACCAGUACGAAAGCCCUAUUCGUUCUACAAUAACUCAAUCUACGUUGUCGCAGUCCGAGUUAUCUAACGAACAAUACAAACGGGCGCAUGGAAGGUUCAUCAAUAAUUCAGCCUUGUUAGGAGGAGAAUUUCAGCACGAAACCAUUAUUGACACCGACGGGACACAGAGCGAUGCAAGUGGAACAGCCGAUGUAAAUCCGCAAACACUGGCGAGCUUAAUGAUGUCCCCCGAUAUGCUACAGAAGCGGCUGAAACAAGCGAUCGCUUCUGUGGAAAAGAGAAAAUGGGAUCAAGUAUUGUUUUUGAUCAAUGCGAAUCCAUGGCUUGCGGAGAUGAAAGAAUUGACAACAAAUCAGUUUUUGUUGCACAAGCUUGCUUUCUUUGGCAAGGGAACUCCGUCUGCCCCCAUGAGUCUAAGCGAGCAGCUUGUGGAGAAGUUUCCAGCAGCUGUUUACAAGUUCGAUCAAGAUGGGAACGUACCUCUUCAUCUCGCAGCAGCUGCCGGCAAUGUUCAGAUGAUCCAAAUGCUUGGAGAGAAGUUUGAGAGCGGGGCAUCAAUUCGAAACGAAGAUGGAAUGCUGCCUCUUCAUUAUGCAAUUGCGUCUUUUGCAGAAUUUGAUAGUGAACAAGUCGAUGGAGUACAUUCCCAGCCGUUGAGUGUGCUGAAGACAUUGUUGAAACUAUUCCCCAAAGCCGUUGCAAUUGCAGACAAUGACGGUAAUCUACCACUCCACGUGGCUUCUGAGUGUCUGGAAGGUGGAAUUGGAGUUGAUGUUAUCUUUUUGCUAAUGGAUGAGGCAGAGCGUCAACUUCAAGAUCCCUACGGGGCUCGUUUUCGCAACAAAGUAAAAAUAGAAGAUCUUAUGGACGAUGAUAUGUCAGCUCGAACAAUGUCAACGGCGAGGGAUACGGAUGUGUCGGCAAUGGACAGUGAAAUGCCGUGCACCGUGGUUCUCAAUAACUUCAACGAGACUCCCCUUCUGGUAGCAAUAAGAUCACAUAAGGGAUGGGAAAUGAUAGAGGCACUUGUUAGUGGCCCUGGAGGACGCAAAGCUGCUUUGUGUCAAGACACGGACAAGAACAACGCGCUUCAUUUGCUUGUUGGAGAAUUUCAAGAUGCCACAGCUGCAAUGGUAAGUUAAUCUUGAAUUCACUGUUUCCAAACUUUAAACGGUUGUGAUUUUGUUUUUUUUAUCUACAGCUUGUUUGUGAUUUAUUCGAAAGCCGCUAAUGUGUUUUUUUGUGGUGUCCACGAUUACUACAGUCUAUUCUUAAAGUCGUUCCAGAAUCUGCAUUGCAACGAAAUGCCGCGGGAAUCCUUCCUAUUGAAAUUGCAUGCAUGCAGCUGAUGCCAGAGGAAGUUGUUCUCGCAAUCGCCCUUGUUGAUCUGCCCGUCAACAUUGAUGAUAGGGAUGGACUAAAGGUGAUCAAAGAUCGCGGUGAAAGCUGGAUUUUUUUGACUUGCGAUAGUGAUGAUCACAUGGUCAAUGUCGUUGAGGAGAUUGUGUCGAUCUGCUCCUUCCAACAACUUCAGGAACUGUGUUUCAUGACAGAGCAAGGUUCGGAAAAUGCAAUAAUCGAUAGGGCCACUCCAAAAUGUCGAGAAGCAUUGAACCGUGCAUUGCGAUUUCUUGGACGAUUUGAAUUUGUGGGUGACGGGCCCCUAUUCUCGGAUAUGCAAACUGGAUUCAAGGCUUUCGAUGCUCUGGAUUUUGGUGACAGUGAAGCAGGGAAAAGAGUUCUUCUGGAAUGCUACAAGAACGAGUUUGAUUUUGAAAACAGGUGCUACACCAUGUUCGAGGUGGAAUUGGAGAGCAAUUUCGUUGAAGAAGUCAAUGUCUAUGUGGAACAUUUGGAUGACGAUAGCGCUUCGAAAACAACCUCGGAAGAGAUACAACAACAACGAUGCGUUGCCAUCGAACGCCCCCGACUUACUUUGGACAAAGUUGUGGAGGGCAUAUCGAAAAAUGGUGCCUAUGAGAACAACAAACAUUUACGGCUCAAAUACUCCGCGAAACUGUGUAGCGUGUUACGGCUGAUCGGAAAAGCCCUCCGCCACUUGCAUUCGGCUGGUGUGGUGCACGGAAAUGUCAGCUUGGAGACCUGUGGAAAGUUCGAUGAUUCUAUGUGGAAGCUCUCGGAGCGAUUAGACGUGCAGGCCAUAGGAAAACCGUUCGACCCCACCCGAUUUCGAAAAUCUUUCCCUCCCGAGUCUCUCGAGUCGUUGCCGAUCAACGAUGGAGAACAACGAGAUGGCAUGGUGUUUGAUUCCGACGGUCCCACGGUGACUUUUGUCACCGACAUGUUGGCAGAUCCUUCGAUAGAUAUCUGGGCCUUUGGAAAAAUUUGCUACGAGUGCUUGGUGGGCAAGCCCCUGAUUGAAUUCGACGCAAGUAACAGCGACAGUCCAUCGGACGACGUGAUAGCCUUGUUGCAAACCUCCGAAUGGAAUGAAUCAAACAUGGAAACAGUCUUUGACGAUCUCGUGGAGUCCGGCAUCGGCGAAAGCGGGGCCGAUAUGGUCACAUCGUGCUUAUUCCCGCAACCAGAGCAACGACCGGCCGACAUGGACGAGAUUCUAGACAAUCCAUUCUGGCAGGAGAUUCGUCGCCAUCGAUCACCGAGAAAAGGUCGCGGGGGUCGAAAAGAAGGUAGUAUCGAAAGCACCGUCAGCCUUUUCACAGACGUUGAGAAAUAUGAAGUUUGAAAAGUUCACUACUUACAAGUGAGAAAGGCUUCGAAUCACAAAAAAGUCUUGAUUGUACCGUACGAUCAUACAGUUUGGUGCGACUCGAACAACAGAUAUCUGGUACCAGGUAAUGUGUAGGACUCGGUUUAAAAUACUUGUUGAUGCUGUUACUCGUGUGCAUAGUUCUAGUUCCUGGAUUCAUCUUCUAAAAGAAAACAUACCAUCACCUAAUGCUUUUCGCCUGGAACUUACAAUACACAAUACACCAUUUGUGUAGAUAAUUAUAAGUAGAAGAUAGGAAAGGUAUGAAUCCAUGUACGGUACGUUGGAUUUUGGAUUUUCCUCAAAUGCAUUUGAGCAAGAUUUUUUCGGUUCCUAUGCUCGACGUACGUAGACUACUACGAACGUACUUCUAGUACUUUUUGAUGUUCGAUGCGCUUCUACGGAGGUACGACUGACGACUUCGAGUACCCCCUUACGUACUUCCAGUACAAAACGGUACGAGUACGAGACAACCUAGACUUACUUUCAAUGCUCUCUUGUCAAAGAUCUUACCGUACGAUCAAGUUCUACGUAGAGUAUCGAUUCGUACAGUAGAAUUUUGAGCUAACGAACGAAUUCGGACCUUUUCUUAUUCUUUUGAAUACAACAUACUGUGAUAUCUCUUUGUUGUUCUGUCAGGUCCAGAGUCAACCAUGCUGGUCCCUUUUAAAUAUCUUGUAAAUCCCAUUGCUAUCCUCCUGCUUGCGGGAAGUGUUGCUUCAGCAACCAUUCGUCGCAAGCAGAGUAGCAUCGAUAACCAAAACCAAUCCGAUAGCAAGCAUGAACGUUGUUUGCUCCAAUCGGAUCAUCCCGACCGAAUGACCUCCUUCCCGGGUUGGGAUCAGCCGUUGCCAUCCGCGUGGUAUUCAGGAUGUAAGUAGAGUAGUUCCCGAUGUGAUACGAUGGGUGGAUCAUCAAAAAACCUGCCGAGAAUGCGUUAUCUGAAUCUCUGGUGGAAUAUUUCAAUUCAUUGGCACGACUGACUGAUUCACUUUUGUCAUACGCUGUUUCUCCAUCAUGCAAUUCACCAGAUCUUGAUUACGAGUUGGAAGGUCAGAUGAUCCACACCCA